CUAAUAUCAAACCACCACAACAACAAAAUCAUGCCCAUUCUCUCUCGCCUCCCUUUAUAUAAACAAGGCUCCUAAAAGUAUUCACCAAUCCAUAUCCAUUCUCACCUUCCGAAUCUUCCUCCCUCUCUCUUCUCUCUCUCGCUCUCUCACUUCUCUCUCCCUCCGGCUUAUUUUUCUGAUGGGCGCACAGGAGAAACGGUGUCCUUUCGAGCCGAUAUCAAGUUACGACAUUAAGGACCGGUCGAACCAAACCGUGGCCGCCGAUCUAGACGGCACCUUACUUAUCUCUCGUAGCGCGUUUCCUUAUUAUUUCCUCGUGGCUCUCGAAGCAGGGAGCUUGCUCCGGGCGUUGAUCCUACUCGUGUCCGUACCGUUCGUUUACCUAACGUACCUCUCCGUCUCCGAGACUCUAGCCAUCAACGUUUUCAUCUUUAUCACCUUCGCGGGUCUCAAGAUCCGAGACGUCGAGCUCGUGGUCCGUUCCGUCCUCCCUAGGUUCUACGCGGAGGACGUGAGGCCCGACACGUGGUGUAUCUUCAACACGUUCGGGAAACGAUACAUAGUAACGGCGAGUCCACGGAUCAUGGUCGAGCCGUUCGUGAAGACGUUCCUAGGAGUCGAUAAAGUUCUUGGAACAGAGCUAGAGGUCUCCAAAUCGGGUCGGGCCACCGGUUUCACUCGAAGUCCCGGUGUGAUCGUCGGUCAGCACAAACGCGACGCCGUUUUGAGAGAGUUCGGUGGUGUUGCCUCUGAUUUACCUGAUUUGGGGCUUGGCGAUAGUAAGACAGACCAUGAUUUCAUGUCCAUCUGCAAGGAGGGUUACAUGGUGCCACGUACCAAAUGCGAACCAUUACCAAGGAACAAGCUCUUAAGCCCUAUAAUAUUCCAUGAGGGCAGAUUAGUCCAACGUCCAACACCGUUAGUUGCUCUGUUAACUCUCCUUUGGCUUCCCGUAGGUUUCCUCGUAUCUCUCAUCCGCGUCUACACGAAUAUUCCGUUACCCGAACGCAUCGCCCGUUACAACUACAAGCUCACAGGAAUCAAACUGAUCGUCAAUGGCCACCCUCCUCCGCCGCCUAAACCCGGCCAACCAGGCCAUCUCUUGGUCUGUAAUCACCGGACCGUCCUCGACCCGGUUGUGACAGCUGUCGCGCUCGGCCGGAAAAUCAGCUGCGUCACUUACAGCAUCAGCAAAUUCUCUGAGCUUAUCUCCCCAAUCAAAGCCGUUGCGUUGACUCGUCAACGCGAGAAAGACGCAGCGAACAUCAAACGUCUCUUGGAGGAAGGCGAUCUCGUGAUAUGUCCCGAGGGAACCACGUGCCGUGAGCCUUUCCUUCUCCGGUUUAGCGCACUCUUCGCGGAACUCACGGACCGGAUCGUUCCCGUGGCGAUCAACACGAGACAGAGCAUGUUUAAUGGUACCACCACACGUGGCUACAAGCUUCUUGAUCCUUACUUCGCCUUCAUGAACCCGAUUCCGACGUUCGAGAUCACGUUCCUUAAACAGCUUCCGGCCGAGCUGACGUGUAAAGGAGGCAAGUCGCCGAUAGAGGUUGCGAAUUACAUACAAAGGGUUUUAGCUGGAACCUUAGGGUUUGAGUGCACAAAUUUCACAAGAAAGGAUAAGUACGCAAUGCUAGCUGGUACCGACGGUAGGGAUGCCUAAUAUUUACAAUGCUCUGGUGGUUAAGGGUCGAGAUACUCUUGGUCACCGGUGAAGAAGGAGAAGAUAUGAUUAUUGAUUGGAGAAAAUAGAAAAUGAAGAAAUAAUAUAAAGAUUUGAAUCUUUUUUUUUUUUUUUUUCAUUUGGCUGGUUAUUUUUAAGGGGCAAAAAGAAUUGAUAAGUUUGUUUCUUGGCAAGUUUUUUUUUGUUGUAAUAUUUUCAAGUUUUUUUUUAGUACAAUAACGAUUUAAGAAAAAAAAAGAAACUUGGUAUGACAUGCUUGUACAUAAUAUUUGUUAACAGUGUAAGCCUAUAACUUUCUUAUGUAACCUCAUAUGUCCG